AAAUAUGGACGCUGUCGAAAUAAAUACGUCGGAGGAUUCGCGGCUGCCACCGUCUAGCGACGACGACGUCGGCAUGGUUUCGGAGCACCAAGUAGAAAUAUGUCGUGUUUGUCUUCUCGGUAAUCCCAUGAUGCGGGGCAUUUUUCAUGUGGAUGGUGUUUUGUCCCUGUCCGAUAAGGCUAUGAGUCUUACAAGCAUUAAGAUGCUGCCUGGAGAUGGUUUACCUUCUAAUAUCUGUUGCGAUUGCACGGAUAAGCUUGAAUCAGCGUAUAAGUUUAAAUUGCAAGUGGAACAAGCGGAUAGUGUAUUAAGAGAGAGAUUAGAUUCGCUAAACAUGAAAGAAGAACUUUUUUUUAGUGAUGUGGAUGUUAAUUUAUCGAGCCAUAGGCAUAACAUUGGAGAGAUAACAGAGGAAAGUUUACUUCUUAAAGAUCAUAUGGAUUUAUUGAGUGUUCAGAAACUAAGCGAGGGCGAUAAUUUGAAAAGUGAAGAUUUACAAAAACAAUCAAAUAAUGUUAUUAUUGAGCAACAUGAAAUAAAGGAGUAUAAAAAUGAAGAAGAAAAUGCACAGUUAAUUGAAAAUACAGAAGAAAAUAAAAUUCCUCUGGACCAAAAUUUGCAGGAAAUUAGCAAUGACCAACAGAUCUGUAGCGAAGAUAAUCAACAACUACAAGAAAUAACAAAUGAACAGCAUAAUCAAUCAUUUGGAGCACAGGUUUUACAAGAAAUAAUGCUUCAUGAAAUUAACGAUCAAGAGAGAAUACAAGAAUUGAAUCAAAAUCAUCAAUUAGCAAUGUACGAACAUAAUUAUGUUGCUGAAUCACAACCGUGUGAUAUUACAAAUGAGAAUCAUACAUUGAAUGUAGAGAUUAUUGAGAAAGAUGAUAAAGAAGAGGUACAAAAUCAAGAAGUUUAUAAUAAUGUACCGGAAGAACCUUCAUCGAUUGAAUCAACUCGCAGAAGCAAACGGAAAAUUAAUCAACGAAAAUCUCACGUUGAAGAAUUUGACGAAGACAAUUAUUUUGAAAAUCUUAACCUCAGCUCUAGAUUAAAAGUCCAAUUAGAUAAAUCAGAAAAAGUGUUUUUUAUAUGUUAUCUAUGCGAUAAACAAUUUAUAUCGAAGGAAAUUUUGAAAGAGCAUAUGCACUCCCACGAAGAAGUGAGAAAAACACUUACGUAUAUGCAUAAGGUAGUGGAGAAAUCAGAAAAAGUACCGGAAAAACCAGAUAGUCCAACAAAUUCUGUUUCAUUGAAAUCACCUUCGAGUGGUAAACAUCCAAACACUUGUCCUCAUUGUGGGAAAGAAUAUCUGUAUAUUAUAUCAUACAACAAACAUUUGAAACAACAUGAGAAGAGCGGAACAAAGGAAGAACUUAUGCCUUUAGAAGUUUCAUUUCACGAAGAUGAGGAUACAUUGAAUUUUCAUGGCUACAAUGAAAAUCCAUCGACGAAUUCGGAUAGUGAAGAAAGUGAGAAAAAAAAUAAAAAAGAAGUUGCAAAGAGGGACAGUAUGAAGUGUAAUACAUGCGAUGAAGUGUUUGACACAAUAAUUAAAUUAAGGAAUCAUCGGUCAAAGCAUGUUGUUGAUGGCGUGCUCUCUGAACAGGAUCUAAAAAAUGAUAUUGAACAGCUGAACAUCGAAGGGAAACUUACCAAAAGUAACGAGGAUAAUGAAAAAUUUAACGAGGAUGCGUCAAAUGAAUUGCCAUUGAAAAAGCAGGAAUCAAAAGAAUUAAAGUGUCCUCAUUGUUCUAUGAGCUACGCUCACAAAAAAUCUCUUGCUAGACAUAUAGAGAGCCAUUCCGGUACCAAGUACACUUGUAAACUCUGCAGGAAAGACCAUCUGCAUCGUCACUCGGAACAACACAGCGGUCGAUACAAAAACUUCAGAUGCACACAAUGCAAUAAGAUUUUCGGCAAUGAAUUGACGUUGAGGAGUCACGUGAUAGCAACUAAUCACAAAACGACGUUGCACGGGAAAGAAUACGAUCCGAAUAAAAGGAUAAAGAGGGUGGCAGCCAGAGCAGCCCAAAGGAUCAUCGAUCAAAUCAAGACAGACCUCAGUCUCGAUGAUUUCGAAGAAGAUGAGCGAGACAGAGAAAAGGAUAAGGAUUUUGACGAGGUCAAGGCUGAAAUGUGCGCAACAAAGAACGACCAUUCGGCAAUGAAAAAGAUUCAACGCUGCUCCAUGAAUUUUUACUGCGCGACUUGUAAUCAGAAAUACAGCUCUAAACAUGCUCUUACAAAGCAUAUGGAACAGCAUGUAAAAGAAGAGAGUACAAUCAAACAAGAUAAAGUAAAAAAUGUCGAGGAACAUCGAGAGAAUCAGGAAAAUGAAGAUAACGAUGAGGAAGAUGAUGACGAUUUUGAAAGUGGACUCGAUUGGCCCACGGAUAGUCAUGAGUGCCUCACGUGUAAGAAGCGCUACAGCACGAAGAAGUCUUUACUGCGUCAUCAACUGCUGCACGAGGAGCCGAACUUCGAGUGCGAUAUCUGCAAUGUAAAGUUUUAUCGAAAGGAUAAACUGAAAGCACACUACGAUAAGUGCUCGGAGAAGAAUCCCGAUCAAGUGCGUAAAUGUAAUAUCUGUGGCGAUAGCUUUGAAAACAAUGAAAUAUUGAGGGAACAUAGGAUCAAACACGUGACGGAAGGCAUAUUGACAGAGGAGGAUUUGCGAGAAAUCGAACCGCGACCCGAGGAUAAAAAUGAAGAAAAGGCACCGCGUAAAAGGCGAACGGAUAUUGUCGGCCUUGAAUGCACCGAGUGCAACAAACGUUACACAUCCAGGAAAGGAUUAUUAAGGCAUAUACAAGUACACGAAGGGAAGAAGUAUCUGUGCGACAUAUGUCCAAAGAAAUUUUAUAGGCGAGAGCAUCUGAAAAUUCAUGUAGCAAAACAUAACAUGAUUAAACCAUACAAAUGCCCUCGAUGUACAAAGCGAUUCAUCAAAGAAGAGCAAUUAAACAAUCACUUGACCAAGCACGACAGAAGUUUCAAAAAGGCAAAAGAACCCGAUACCUCGAAAAGAUUUUUGUGCGAAAUAUGCUCAAAGAGCUUUACUCAAUCGACUACUCUCAUAGCGCAUUUACGGGCUCAUAAUGGCAUUAAGCCUUACGUCUGCGAAGUUUGCUCACGGCCCUUCACAACGAAUGCCUACUUAAAGAUGCACAUGAGGACGCAUACGCAGGAACGACCCUACAUCUGUCAAUACUGCUCCAGGGCGUUUGCCCGAGCUGAUACUUUGGCCAAUCACUUAACUACGCACACUGGGGAAGCCAAAUACCAUUGUAAAUACUGUCCGAAGAACUUUCGAAGACUUAAAUCGCUUAAGGAGCACGUUUUUAUACACACCGGGCAGCGACCGUACGCCUGCCCGACUUGCGACAGAAGGUUUAAUAAUAAUGGUAGUAGGUACGCCCACAGCAAAAGGUGCAAGCAGAAUGCAUUGCAAGCCAGAGCUCCAUCGCUUGGCACGCAGCUCAUCGCUACCGAGCACGAACAACACGAACAACACGAACAAAACGAGCAGCAGGAGCAGGAACAACAGGAGCAGGAUCAGCAAGAGAUACAGAAUCAGCUACAGUCACAGAGGCUACAUCAGACUACCAUUGAUCAGGCUCAAAUAAUCAAACCUCAGAAUAUUAAAACCAUUACGAUUACACGACCGGACGGCGCUCUUGGCCAACAACAUGUUAUGGCGCAUCAGGAAAUUCUGAUGCCUCUGAUAUUGCCGCUUACAGUUACGCUUGCCGAUGUCGGCGAAGAGGUCAUACUUCCCGAAGGGACGAAAAUUUUCACCGCGUAAGUGGGUGGCAACAUUGAGAUCUGUGAUGAAUUGAGAGAUAAUUGGAUUGUUAGCGAGACUCUCGGUCAAACUGACGUAUACUCAUAUAGACUGGUUAAUUUUCCAU